UUCUUUUCCUCCCAACUCAUUAUCUACUAUGUCUACCGUCUCAACGUUAACGCAUGAUUCAAAAACAACUGACAAAGAAGUAUUUGAUUCUACAAUACCAUCCUCACCAAAAUCUUUAUCCAAACAAUUCCAUGAAUUCUUGAUAAAAAUAUUAAAAUAUGGAAAAAUCCCUCAGCACAUUGGUUUUAUUAUGGAUGGUAAUAGAAGAUUUGCAAGAAAAAUAAAUGUUCAAACAGCGGAAGGGCAUUAUAGGGGAUUUCUUAAAAUGGAAGAGGUAUUGGACAUUUGUUUACAGCUUGGUAUUAAAGUUGUUACUGUAUACGCAUUUAGCAUUGAGAAUUUUAAGCGACCAAAAGAAGAAGUAGAUGCACUUAUGCAUCUGGCUAAAACGAAGUUAAUAGAAUUGUGUCAGAGCAAAACCGUGAAAAAGUAUGGAGUUUGUGUCAGAAUAUUAGGAAAUAUGUCUUAUGUUUCACAAGAUUUGAGAGAAGUUAUAGAAGAAGCAGUUGAAAUGACAAAAAAUAAUAAUCGAUCUAUAUUGAAUGUAUGUUUUUCUUAUACUUCAAGAGAUGAAAUUACCAAUUCUGUAAAAUCAAUUGUAAAAAUGGUAGAAAAUAAACAAAUACAAGUAGGAGAUAUUAAUGAAAAUUUAAUAGAACAAUGUUUAUUUACUCAUGGAUGUCCACCUUUAGAAAUUCUUAUUCGAACAUCAGGUGAAAUUCGAUUGAGUGAUUUUCUUUUAUGGCAAUGUCAUCAAGAUUGUUAUAUACAUUUUGAGAAUUGUUAUUGGCCUGAGUUUUCUAUUUGGAAGAUGUUACAAAUCAUUCUAGAAUAUCAACUAUCAAAUAAGAUUACAAGAAAAAAAUCCUUUUUUUAAUUUAUAUAAAAAUAAUUAAUUAAAUUAACACUCAUACUUAGAUUUAAUUUUUUCAAGAAAUAUAAUAAUACUUUUAAU